AUGACCAGCAGGAGGGAUCAAGAUCAGGACUUGUCUGAUCGGGUAGUUUUGAUCACAGGUGAGCAUAGAGCGCAAGCCUUUGCGCUGUAUCUACAGUCACGUGGAGAGAGAGAGAGGCUAAACCUUGCAGGAAACGCGGCACCCCUGCCUCACUUUGUGCGCUUUUGCCUUGCGUUGGCGCAGGCGCUUCGUCGGGUAUUGGCGCUUCCACCGCAAAGCUUUUAGCUCAGCGUUUUCCUCCUCGAGCAUUAGCACUAGGCUACAACCGAAACGAGCAAGGCAUCCGCUCCACCAUCUCUGCCAUCCAAUCUCAAAUGCCCCAAAAUGCUGCUCAGCAGAAGCAGCAGGCCCACAUGCAGGUAGAAGCUUUUCAAGCUGAUCUUUGCGACGAGAAGCAGACGGUCGAGCUUUACGAACGAGUCAAGAAGAGGUUUGGGAGGGUGGAUUGCGUAUUUAUCAAUCAUGGCAUCAAUGGAGGUAAACAUUUGGGUCCUUUGGGAGAUAUAGAUGAUGUUUCGGUGGAGGAUUUCAAGAGUACUUGGCAAGUGAGUGGGAGGCCCCUGAAAAAAGCAUUCGCACUGGUGGAUCAGGAGAGUAGAAGAGCUCGCCGUGAGGGCGCUGCAAGAGCGAGCAUCAAAGCAGUGUACUGGUGCUAACACCAAGCAAAAAAAAUUAAUCUUUCACAAGGCCAACACGCUGAGUCCUUUUGUGCUGACAAAGUGCUGCAUCAAGGAGAUGGCUUCUAGAGGGUACGGAAGGAUCAUCUAUUGCAGCUCCGUAGCAGCUCUUACGGGCGGUGUGAUAGGUCCACAUUACUCUUCUUCGAAAUCGGCGCUGCAUGGAAUGAUGCGUUGGGCGGCAAAUCGGCAUGCCAAAGAUGGAGUCACUGUCAAUGCUGUUGCUCCUGCUCUCAUCGACGGUGAGCGCCGCUGCGGACGGCCAUUGCGAAGAAUCUGCAUGGCUCACCUCCAUCUGCUGUCCCCACUCUGUGCCAUCCAUACGCACAGGAACUGGUAUGAUCAACACUGACGAGAAGCCCGAGAUGAAGGAUGCGUUGCAAAGGAACAUCCCGAUUGGAAGGUUGGGCACGGUAGAAGAGGUGGCUGACGUAGUGAGUUCAAGCGUUCGUGCUUCGUGAGGACAAUAAAGUAGCCAGAGUCGUGCCGAUUGCGUGGAUAGGUGUGCCAAUGUUGCCCUCUUUUGAAUCCUGCUGAUUACGACCUCCACUACCUGGGCAGGUCUUAUUGCUGCUGACCAAUUCAUACAUAACUUCCAAGUGUUGGUCGUUGGACGGAGGUUGGGUGCACCAAUAA